GGUAACACAGUCUGCGGAGGCCGAGUGGAAGAGACAUCGCAACCUGCGGAGGCCAGGAACUGGACCGACCACCAGGGCCAAGUGGGGCGUGUCAGACCAGAUAGGAUGAUGGGGGCUCACAUCAACGAUUACCGUUUAAGAUCCAUUGCAGAUCCUUCCGAAAAACUGCGCCAUCGAGUGAUCAUCAAUAUGGAGAAAUUUUUCAAAAUCAGUAAAGUCAAAGAUGGGAUUCCUUGUGGUUGGAGGUUGGCGACUUACAUGGAGGUAAAGGAUUCAAUGCAAGUCGUUACAGAUUUGCUUGAUGAAUGGACCAUCGCCAAACUUGAAGAUGGGUGGCAAGUUGUCGGUGGUGGAUAUGGCAACAAAGUUGAGAAAUAUGAUGAUCCCAACAAAACUUUCGGGGACCAGUUGAUCACCAACGCGAUUAACAUGAUUAAGAAAGAAUUUAAAGUCACUAAGGUCAAAGAUGGGAUUCCUUGUGGUUGGAGGUUGGCGACUUACAUGGAGGCAAAUGAUUCAACAGUUAAAGAUUUGCUUGAUGAAUGGACCAUCGCCAAACUUGAAGAUGGGUGGCAAGUUGCUGGUGGUGGAUAUGGCAACAAAGUCGAGAGAUAUGCUGAUCCUAACAAAAGUUUCGGGGACCAGGUGAUCACCAACUCGAUUAAGAAAGAAUUUAGAGUCACUAGAGUCAAAGAUGGGAUGCCUAGUGGCUGGAGGUUGGCGACGCACUGGGAAGCAGAAGAUUCCAUGCAAGAUGUUACAGAUUUACUUGAUGAGUGGACCAUCGCCAAACUUGAAGAUGGGUGGCAAGUUGUCGGUGGUGGAUAUGGCAACAAAGUCGAGAAAUAUGACGAUCCCAACAGACAGUUUGGAGACCAGUUGAUCACCGUAGUCAGGCCAGUGAAGGAUGUUCGUGUGGUUGAAAUCGCCGAGGGCAUCACGCGGGAUUGGAGGUGGGCGACGAAAUCACAGGUCGAAAGCGUAAAGGAAGAUGUGGAAAAAUUACUCGGGGAAUGGUCUAUCGCAAAGCUCUCAGAUGGAUGGAAAAUUGGUGGUGGAGGAUACGGCUAUAAGAUCACCAAGUGUGAUUCUGAUGAUGGUACUAUUACGGAAAUGGUUAUUGUACAAGAAUCCCUCUAGAUAAUGAUAUGAGCAAUUCUGGAUUAGGGGUGGAGGCAAACUCUCCAGCCAGAAGUUCCCCUUGAUUCGGGGGGGGGGGCUCAUAUUACAUUAGGCGAUUAGGGUCAUGCGAAGAACUUUACCAAUGGGAAAUGGGUAUGGUGAAUAUGCCUAUUUUAGAGACAUUUGAAAGCGAGGGAUUGAAGAAACCUAGAGGGUUAAAGAAGAAAUAAUUUGCACUUGCACUUUCAUAUUAAACAAGGAAACUUGAACGAUUUGUUACUAAAUUGUGGUGAUUAUUUCAUGAUGGAUAGCAAAGUUUUCCAUUUGGCGGUUUGUGGGGGUUCAAUUUAGCACCCCCCCCCUCGUUUUUUAAUUUCAUUACUUCUGGAUUUUCAAGGAGUUUUGUCUUUUCAAGUAUUAAAGAAAAAAAGGGAUUUUAAGAAGGAUUAGGGACUCCAUAAACUGGCCGAUCAAAUAAUCAGGAUACAUCUAACAUUUACAUGUUAAAAAGAUAUGAACGUAUUUUCUUGAUAAAAUAUGUUUAUUUUGCUCAAUUGGCUCAUACUCGAGAUAUCAAAAUAGGUAAAUGCAGAAUCUCUUUCAAUUUCAACUAACAAUGAAAACAAAGGGCUAUUUGCAUAACUUAAGCAUGUUUAGGACUAUAAUACCGGAGUUGCUAGUGUUCAUUUAUGAUCGGUGUUGACAAUUUCAGGCCCAUUUCAGUACUGCCUUCUGUGUAAAAAAAAAUUCCUUGAGAAAGCAGUACACGAUUGUAUUCGUAUCUUUAAGGGGACGUUCAGGCUGGAAAUAUUUAUAUCUCAAUAAAUACAGUAAAAUCUUACAAAGCAAAAUGCUGAAAAUUUGAUCAAAAUCGGAUAACAAAAUAACAAAGUUAUUGACUUAUUACAUAUUUCGGUGAAACAGUUUUAGGCAUGUCUUUGUGAAUAUUCAUUAGGUGGGCUGAUGAUACCAUAUCCCCACUUGUUCUUUUGUAUUUUAUUAUGUGAAAUUAGAUUUAUUCAAAAAAUUUCUACCAAGAACUAAAAUUGGAUUGACAGCUUAUUAAAUGCAUUAGUCAUUUAUUGCGCAAGAUAUUUCAACAUAAUGGAGACACAUCAUUUACACAAUGUAUGAAAAAAAUAAACAUUUAUGAUUUCAUGUAAUGACAUAAGAAAAAAAGGAAAGUGGGGAUGUUACUUCAUCAGCCAACCUAAUGAAUAUUCAUGACGAUAUGCAUAUAACUGUUUUCACAAGAUAUUGAUAACUUUAAAAUUCAAUAAUUUCGCUAUUUGUUAUCCGAUUUUGAUGAAACUUUUAGUAUUUUGCUUUGUGAUUUUCUUUCUUUUUAUUUAGAUGUAAAUAUGUUCACUGAUAUAAACAAGAUAGUAUACUCAUCCAUAAAAAAAAGCCUGGUCAUUUCUUU